UACCAUGCCAAGCUCGGAGCAAAUAGCUGUGCCUGACGCCUGACAUCGCCUGCCCAGAACGCCUCUCGUGUGUUCCGGAAGUCACCGCUCCCUGAGCAUCUACCCCAGGCUCACCCCUCACGAACGGACACUUUCGUGUCCUGUAUGGUUCUGACCCAUUGUAAUCAUUUGUGCAGGAAUGUCAGCUGGACCCCCACGCCCUCCGCCAUGACACUUCCUUGCCCUAGUAUUCGAAUCAUUUAAGUAUCUGGACUAUCCUCAGUCAGUAACUGAACUAUUAUCAUUGACGUAUUUGUCCCGUUCGUUGUCCAACGCUCGAGAAUUUGUUUGUCUAGCGCCUCCACUUUGUUUUCAAUCAUCGGCUUUCAAAUAUUUUAUAAAAGCUCUUCCAUCUGCUACCUACAGCCUCUUGUUAUUAUGUCACCGCACAACGACGCACCCUCUCCAGAGUUCCACCAGCCUGUUCAAUCUGUUUAUUCUAUGGAUUCCUACAAUGACUACGAAACUAGUUCCAUGGAGUCGGGCGAUGUAGGCCUUCGCCGAACGCUAGUCCCAGGCAUUUACGUACCUACUGUAGCUUUUUUCGACCACGUAACAGAAGCUGUAGAUGUCGAAACCAUAUCCAACCAUGCCGUUCGCCUGGCAAAAGCUGGUGUCGCCGGCAUUGCUACCCAAGGAUCCAAUGGCGAGGCUGUUCACCUGUCGCACAGAGAACGCAACCUCAUUACCAACACCACUCGAAAAGCUCUGGACAACGCUGGCUUCGGGUACGUGCCCAUAAUUGUUGGAUGUGGAGCCCAGUCUACACAUGAAGCCAUUGAACUUUGCGAAGAAGCUGCCUCCGCAGGCGGAGACUUCGCGCUGGUACUGCCACCUGCAUAUUAUCAAGGCUUGUUCUCCAAGGACACAGUCAGAGAGUUUUUCCGCGAUGUUGCUACGGCUUCGCCAAUUCCGAUACUCAUCUACAACUACCCUGGUGCUGUCUCCGGUCUCGACCUCAACUCAGAUGUCAUCAUUGAACUGGCCCAGCACCCGAAUAUCGUCGGUUGCAAGUUGACUUGUGGCAACACUGGAAAGCUCAACCGCAUUGCAGCCGCCACACGAGCUGCAACUGUCUCUGAUCCUGGAUCAGGGUUUAUGUGCAUGGGUGGCUCUGUUGACUUCACUCUGCAAACACUUGUGGGCGGCGGAUCUGGCAUCAUCGGAGGGAUGGCCAACAUCGCGCCAAAAGUCUGCGUCAAGAUUGUCGAGCUAUUCGAGGCUGGCCAGUUGAAGGAAGCCCGUAAGAUGCAAGCCAUUGUAGCUCGAGGCGACUGGGCAGCGAUUCAAGGUGGAAUCAUCGGCACCAAGGCAGGCCUCAUGGCGCAUUUUGGUUAUGGGGGAUAUGCUCGCAAACCACUUCCCAGGCCGUCUAAGGAGGAUACACGGAAGUGGCGCGAUGCCUUCGAUGAGCUCGUUCAAGUUGAGAACUCACUCUGAGUGCUUGUCCACGAGAAAGUUCAGUCGUUAUAGUCAGCGUUUUGAAAAGUGUUUUGGCUUUGAACGCUCUUGAUGCAUUCAUAUGGCGUCAUCUUUUGGGCGGUAGUUUGAUUUUCGUUUCGUUUACGGAUUGUGUUUCUUUAUACUGAAGAGUAGGUUGGCUAAAAGUCACUCUGCCUUUCGAAUAUGGGUUUCUUUCAGGAUCAUCGAGACGAGAUUAUUGGACUUUCCUUGGAAUAUUCGACAACAGCGGAGUUGGAUAUCUUGUUGUAACAUCAUCGCUCUAUUUGCUCUGGCGCAACGUUUGUUGACGAAUGCUCGUCCGAGUCAGGGUUCAUCGUAUUUUACAGAGCACGUAAUCUCAUCCAAUUUAUCACUUGAAUUUCAA